AUGCUCGAUCUGCUGCCAGAUACGCAGAUAUCUGUACCCCAACCUUCAGCAUCCCCCGGUCCCAGCCGGCCGCGGCUCCAACAAGAAUCACACAUGGAGAUGGAAGAAACACAUGCGGUCACUCCUGCCACGCGCGACCUAAAUGAACAUAUCAGUGAAUGGGUAGCCGACAUUGUACCAGCAACACCAAUACGUGAGGAAACUCCUUUCGAUACGUUGCACGAAAAAGAACAGCCAAAACAACCUCUUUCUCCAUCAGAUCCUUGGUUCGAAGAAACAGAGGAACAUCCAGAAAUUGACAAUGUCCAAAUCCGAUCUCAGAAAACACAUGCAGGGGAAACUCUGCAACGCAGUGUCUCAGUUCCUUUAGUGCAUGUGGACGAGAUUGAUAACGGCAGAACGGCGACGGCAGCUGAAGACAUGUUACCUGUUGAUCAGGUGAUGGAUCAGGUUGCAGCAACGCCCCCAAGAUCCAACGCAGGAUCUGGGUUCGAAUAUGAUUUUGAUGAUUUGAUGGAAAACGUUGGCAGUGUAGACAUAUCGGAUAUGAUCAUGGAAGAAUCAUCGGCUACUGCUGCAAAAAGACCAAUGACAAGAGAGAUAAGGAGCGAACCAAGGAUUAAGCCAGGGGAUACAUUUGUACGACGUCGACGAAAAGAAAAUUCUGAGCGUGAAGACACCAACAGUGCUGCCAGGUCAGGUCCUGGUAUAGGUCUUCCUCUUGCGCUGCGGAAUGGAUUAUUCGCAACGUAUACCGACGGAUUGCUGGAUGCGAGCGGAAAAGCCAAACUGUCGGAAGUGACUGAAUUGUUCUUUGAACAACUUGCCGAUGAUUUAAAUACAUACUCCAAUCACGCUGGACGCGACGAGAUUCUGUUUGAAGACAUGAUUUUAUUAAUGCAGAGGCAAAAGUUUAUCACGGACAAGGUAUCGUUGGAAAGUUUGGCCCAUGAGAAUUUACCAAGAGAACUUUGGGAUAAACUUUGUGUAUCAGCCGUAGCAAAUAAUAACCUAUACCCGGAAUAA